CUCCACUUCGCACUCCACUCUCGCCUUCAUCCCCAGCUUGCCGCGCGCCUCAUAUCUCGCACCUCCUCGCUAGUGCGGCCCUCUCCAGCCACCAGUGGCGCCAUGCCGCCUCGUGUGCGCCGCUCCACGCGCGCCACCCGCUCCGGCACGGCCGACUCGGCCGCGGCGCCGUCCGAGGCGGGCGCGGCGCAGUCCGACGCCGGCAGCGACGCGGGCAUCUCGCCUGCCCCGGCAGCCUCUGCUGAGCCAGUGGAGCAGCAGGCGUCGGGCAGCGGCCCACAGCCGCAAUCGCAGGCGCCUGUCGUGGAGGAGCAGCAGGCGACGCAGGGCACGGGCUCACGCCUGGCCAGCACGCUGGAUGAUGAGAAUAUGCCGCCGCCUUCUCACGUCGCCGUUGGGUGAUGUCGAUGCCUCGGGUGCACCUACCAGCACAUUCCAGGCGCGCAAUCAACGAGACCACGUCAAGAUUAUGCUGGCGACAGACAACCACGUCGGCUACAUGGAGAAGGACCCGGUGCGCGGCCAGGACUCGAUGAACACAUUCCGCGAGGUGCUUGAGCUAGCUCGCGACAACGAUGUGGACUUCAUCCUGCUCGGCGGCGACCUCUUCCACGAGAACAAGCCCACGCGGGCCACGCUACACGGCGUCAUGGCGCUGCUGCGCGAGUACACGCUCGGAGACCGGCCUGUCAGCAUUGAGCUACUCAGCGACCCACAUGACGGCAGCGCCGAGGGCUACACCUUCCCUGCGAUCAACUACGAGGACUCGAACCUCAACGUCGCGAUCCCCGUCUUCUCCAUCCACGGCAACCACGACGAUCCUCAGGGCGUGGGCUACGAAGGCGCGCUGUCCGCGCUCGACCUCCUCUCCGUCACUGGCCUGGUGAACUACUUUGGCAAGGUGGAGCUGCCCACGAGCGACGCCACUGCCGGCCGCAGCGCGACCAACGCGGGCAACCCGCUCACCGAAGACGGCAUUCGCAUCAAGCCUGUGCUGCUGCAGAAGGGCCGCACGCGCAUUGCGCUGUACGGCAUGGGCAACAUCAAAGACGAGCGCAUGCACUACGAGCUGCGGGCGAACCGCGUGCGCAUGUUCCGCCCUGCCGAGGAGCCGCACAGCUGGUUCAACAUCCUCGCCAUCCACCAGAACCGCGCCGCUCAUGACCCCAAGGCAGUCGUGCCAGAGACGAUGUUCGACGACAGCGUUCACCUCGUGGUGUGGGGCCACGAGCACGAGCAGCUCAUCACGCCGCAGCCGGUGGCCGGCAAGCGCUACUGCAUCUCGCAGCCGGGCAGCAGUGUGGCCACGAGCUUGUGUCCCGGCGAGGCGGCCGAGAAGAAGGUCGCCAUCAUCCACAUCGAGGAGCGCGACUACUGGCUCGAGGAGAUCCCGCUCAAGACGGUGCGCCCAUUCAUCAUGCACGACAUCGACCUCGCCGACGAGCUCGAGGACGCGGGCAUCGAGGUCGAGGACAAGAGCGGCGUUACGAAGCUGCUCAAGUCGCGGAUCUAUGAAAUGAUUGAGCAGGCCCGCGAGGACUGGAUGUCGAAGUACGAGCACCUGUCCGAGGCCGAGCGGCAGGCCAUCAAGAUGCCGCUGCCGCUGAUCCGGCUGCGCGUCUCAUACACGCGGCAUGAGCUAGGCAACCUCGUGCGCUUCGGCCAGGAGUUCGUCGACAAGAUCGCCAACCCGCGCGACGUGCUGCAGUUCUCGAAGAAGAAGGUCAUGCCGAAGCGCGGCAAGGAGAAGGACGUGAAUGCGAACGACUACAUCGACCCGGAGGAGUUCCGCGACAUGGCCACGGCCGAGAAGCUCGAGAAGGUGCAGGUCGCCGACCUCGUGCGCGAGUACCUCGAGGCGCAGGAGCUCAACUUCCUCAAUCCGUACGAUCUCGAGCGCGCCGUGACCAACUUCGUCGACAAGGACGAGUGA